GAGAAGGUCUCUGCCGGCUUGUAGAGUUCGACCUCAUGGCGGAGAUAAUUCAGGAACGCAUAGAGGAUCGACUCCCCGAAUUGCAACAGCUGGAGCGCAUUGGACUGUUCAGUCGUGCGGAGAAAUAUGAAAUCAAUCUUUUGGAACUGAUCCAGCGAAGACGAGUUCGUAUUGGGUAUUCAUUUAAGAAGGAUGAGAUUGAAAAUUCUAUCGUACACCGGGUACAAGGUGUCUUCCGACGUGCAUCAGCCAAGUGGAAAGAUGAUGUUCAACUUUGGCUGUCUUAUGUAGUCUUUUGUAAGAAGUGGGCUACCAAAGUUCAACUUAGCAAGGUAUUCUCUGCCAUGUUGGCCCUUCAUUCGAACAAGCCAGCCUUGUGGAUUAUGGCGGCCAAAUGGGAAAUGGAAGAUCGCUUGUCUUCAGAAAGUGCAAGACAACUAUUUCUUCGGGCUCUGCGCUUUCAUCCAGGGUGCCCGAAACUUUAUCAAGAGUAUUUUAGGAUGGAGCUGAUGCAUGCUGAGAAAUUGAGGAAGGAAAAGCAAGAGUUUGAAAAAGCCAAGAUGGAUGUGGGGAAUCUCGAGUAUGCUGAAGAAAUCCUUAUGGGCGAGUUGGCAAGGAUCAUCUACAAAAAUUCUGUAAACAUAAUUAAAAGUGCAGAAUUUCAUGUGUCACUGCUUUCAAUUGCACAGCUAUUCGACUUUGCCAAAGAUCUGCAAAGAGAAAUUUAUGAUGACCUUCAGGCUCUGCAUACAGACGACCCCCUCACUUGGGAUUAUGUGGCCCGGCGAGAAUUAGAGAUCGAGUCACAGCCAGGAGAAGAGCCGCCCACAACGAAACAAACCAAAGUGGCAGAGGUGGGCCGCCGGGAGGAGAGGUGCUGUGCUGUGUAUGAAGAGGCGGUGAAGACUCUUUGUACAGAGGCCAUGUGCAAGUGUUACAUCAACUUUUGCAUGGAAAGGUUUGCUAAGAAGACAAGCAGUCGGCUCCUCAGAGAGAAGAGGCUGGAAAGAACCAUGGUUGCAUUCAGGAAGGCACAUGAUCUCAAACUUGUACCAGAAUUCCAGUACAAGCAGUGGAGCGAGUUGUUGCUGCACCAUGACUUCCUUACGGAAGCUCUGGAGGUGGCAGGAGCGGGGAUGGAAUUGUUCAGAGGCUCCGUGAUGAUGUGGCAGGUGAAGCUGCAGGUGCUGAUUGCCUCAAAGAGCCCUGACAUAGCCAUGCUUUUUGAAGAAGCCUUUGUGCACCUGAAACCCCAGACUUGUCUGCCAUUGUGGAUUUCUUGGGCAGAGUGGAGUGAAGGUGCCAAAAGCCAAGAAGACACUGAAGCAAUCUUUAAGAAAGCUGUCUUAGCUGUCACGGGUGGCGACUCAGUCACUCUGAAGGAUAAGUACCUGGAUUGGGCUUAUCGAAGUGGUGGCUACAAAAAGGCCAGAGCUGUGUUUAAAAGUUUACAGGAAAGCCGUCCAUUUUCAGUUGAUUUUUUCAGGAAGAUGAUCCAAUUUGAAAAGGAGCAAGAAUCCUGCAAGAUGGCGAACUUAAGAGAAUAUUAUGAGAGAGCUGUGAGAGAAUUUGGAUCCGUGGAUUCUGAUCUUUGGAUGGAUUACAUCAAAGAAGAAUUGAACCACCCCCUUGGUAGACCUGAGCACUGCGGACAGAUCUACUGGCGAGCCAUGAAAAUGUUGCAGGGAGAGUCAGCAGAGCUGUUUGUAGCUAAACAUGCUGUGCACCAGGCCGGCCAGUUGUGAAAAGAGGAAGAACACAGCCAACUCUGAAAUAGUGUUGUAAGCCCUCUGCAUAGUUUUGUUUUAUGCAUUCAUCUGCAGUUUGCUGAGAUGGCAGACGAGGUGGUGUCUGAUUUUGAGACAUGCUUUAAUUUUGUUAAUGUGCUAAUCUUUAAUGCCAGAAAAGAGAGCUGCUGUUUAGUGGCCAGAGGCCAAUUGUUGAGGCCAGACCUACCAUAGGUCCUAAAUGUUUUCCAAAAUACAUGAAAAUCGUAUCACUGAUCUUCUUUUAUUACCACCGGUCAAACUUGAGUAUCUCUAAUCUAGACCCAGGGGUCAGUUAAGAUAGGAAAGUACAGUUCUGUUUGUUUAUUGUCUCUUUAUUAUAAAAGCAUAUGUGGUAUGCGUUUGUUGUCGAAACUAUGGGCGGAAUAGAAUAAUGUGGAGAAGAAAAUAAAAGCAUCC